AUGGAAAAAGAAGAAGAAAAAGUCAAAGAUGCAUAUGAACAAAUAGAAAAUUAUCUCAAAUUAAUUAGUGCUACAGCUAUCGAAGAUAAAUUACAAGAUGGUGUAUCUCAAUGUAUUCAACGUUUAGCACGUGCUGGUAUUAAAAUUUGGGUUUUAACUGGUGAUAAAAUUGAAACCGCUUAUAAUAUUGGUCUACCAUGUCGUUUGUUAACAAAUGAUAUGGAAACGUUUUUUUAUUGA